AUGGAUUUGAAGGCUAGAGUUAUGUACAUCAACACUGCGAGGGAUUUGUGGAUUGAUCUCAAGGACAGGCUUUCUCAGGACAACACUUCAAGGCUUUUUGAGCUUCAGAAGGAGAUAUCUCAUCUUUCACAAGGAUCACUCUCGAUGAGUUCUUAUUUCACAAAAUUUAAGACCUUGUGGGAUGAAUUUGCAAAUUAUCAACCUUUCACAAUUUUGUUACUUGAGCCUUUUCCUUGUCUGAGCAAAGUGUGUUCCUUGAUUUUGCAAGAAGAGAAAAGAAGGAGUAUUGGUCAUGGUUUCAACAUGAUUCAAUCUGAAGAUGUUGUUGCUAUGUAUGUGAAUAAUAGCAAGGAUUUUCAUGGCAAUCAAGGUCAUAAUCAUGGUGGAAAAGGGGGUAAUCCUAAGAAAGAUAGGCUUGUCUAUACUUACUGUGGUCUUAUUGGUCAUAUAGUAGAUAAAUGCUAUAAACUUCAUGGUUAUCCUCCAAGUUAUAAACCAAAAGGAGGUAACAAGGCUAUGGCAGAUCAAGUUGCUGUAGUGCUGCCCUCAGGAAAUUCUGGAAAUUUUGGAUCAAGUAAUGGUGCUUAG